UCAAACGACCAUAUCUGCGUAUCACGUCUAGGAAAACGAGAGCGAGCUUCUUUAUAAAAAAUGAUGGCCGGUGGGGCAGUGCAGCAAAACGGGAUUUUCUCCAAUCCACAUCAUCACAAUCAGCAGCCGCACAUGGAGUCUGAUCCCCCCGAUUCCCGCAAAAGACCCCUGGAGACCCCAACGGAGGCCAGCAGCACCAAACGCACAAACACAGGAGAGAGAUGCAACCAAGCGGCCAUCCAUGAUCCACCAUUUUCAUCAUCAGAUUUUGUCGGAUUUCACGAGGAAGGCGAAUAUUUCUUGAAGGUGCUGAUUCCAAGCUACGCCGCAGGCUCCAUUAUUGGCAAGGGUGGUCAGACUAUUGUCCAGCUGCAGAAAGAGACAGGGGCCACCAUCAAGCUGUCCAAAUCCAAAGACUUCUACCCGGGAACAACAGAGCGUGUCUGCUUGAUCCAGGGCACUGUAGAGGCGCUGAACAGCGUCCAUGACUUCAUCGCAGAGAAGGUGCGCGAGAUGCCGCAGAGCGCUCAGAAAACAGAACCGGUUAGCAUACUUCAGCCACAGACCACCGUCAACCCUGACCGUGUCAAACAGGCCAAGCUCAUAGUGCCCAACAGCACGGCAGGGCUGAUCAUCGGCAAGGGCGGAGCCACGGUGAAGGCCGUCAUGGAGCAGUCCGGCGCCUGGGUCCAGCUCUCACAGAAACCCGAAGGCAUCAACCUGCAGGAACGCGUUGUCACCAUCAGCGGGGAGCCUGAGCAGAACCGCAAGGCUGUGGAGAUCAUUGUGCAGAAGAUCCAGGAGGACCCACAGAGCAGCAGCUGUCUGAACAUCAGCUACUCCAACAUCUCUGGCCCUGUGGCCAACUCCAACCCCACCGGUUCCCCAUACGCCAACUCGGCAGAGGUGAUGCCGGCUGCUGCGGCGGCGGCGGCAGCCACGGCCUCCAGUCUCCUAGGGCAGGCCAGUCUGGCUGGAGUGGGCGCUUUCCCCACCACCAUGUCCAGCUUCUCAGGAAACGACCUGCUGACUAUCACAUCCGCGCUGAACACGUUAGCCAGCUACGGAUACAAUACCAACUCCCUGGGCCUAGGGCUCAACCCUGCGGCUGCCUCAGGAGUCCUAGCCGCUGUGGCCGCAAGCGCCAACCCCGCCGCAGCCGCGGCCGCCAACCUGCUAGCCUCCUACGCCAGCGACGCGUCCACCAGCUCCGGGCACCCGGCGACCAGCCUGGGAGGCUUCACGCUAGGAUCGCUCGCCGCCGCCACCGGAGCCACCAACGGCUACCUGAGCGCCGCUUCCCCGCUGAUGGCGAGCUCCCUGCUGGCCACCGAGAAGCUGACCGAGGGUCACAAAGAUGUGGUGGAGAUUGCGGUGCCGGAGAACUUGGUGGGUGCCAUUUUGGGGAAGGGAGGCAAAACGCUUGUGGAGUACCAAGAACUGACGGGAGCCCGCAUUCAGAUCUCCAAAAAGGGAGAGUUUGUUCCUGGCACCAGAAACCGUAAAGUUACCAUUACCGGAUCACCAGCCGCCACACAGGCAGCCCAAUAUCUUAUCAGCCAGCGAAUCACAUACGAGCAGGGUGUGAGGGCCACCAAUCCGCAGAAGGUGGGCUAAAAACAGGGAGUAUGAAAAAAGGAGAGAAAAAGAGUGGGGGAUGGGGAAGAUACAGAGAAAGAUGGAGGGCACGAAUAUCGACGGAAAUCAGCCACAUUCUUUGUGGGAAAAAUCUCAGUAUUAAAAAAAAAUUGAAAGAAUUCCUUUCAAAGUGGAAAAUUUGAAAAAGAAAAAUGUGUAAAAUGUAAAUAUGGGUUUAAUCCUUAAAUUCGGGAUUUUUAUUGGUUGAUUUUGUUUUUUGUUUUUUUUUGUGCAUUUUCUGGACAGCAGUGAAUGGCAUUUCAACCCGGCAUGCUGCCGCGCUGCAGUUCCCAGCAGGUGGGCAAGGUGGUCGGAUGGGGGACAAUGGGGUGGAGCAAUCCCAGGAAUCGGCCCUUUCCCCACCCCCAUCCCCUCCUAGCUGACAGAUGUUUGUUCUUUAAUUUUUUAGUCCUUAGUUUAACUCCCACCCUUUUGCCCAUGCCUUCUCUUUAAGAGGGCCUUAGAC